ACUGGUUACAUACUGCUAUUAAAACUGAUGAACUCGAAGCCAGAAAAUAUAUAAAAAGCUUGUUUCAAUCUAUAGCAGGAGAAAAUAAAGUAGAAAUAUUUUUUCGAUUUUAUAGGAAUAUAAAGCAUCAUACCACUGUUUUCGUGUUGCAAUAAACGUCAAUUUUUGACAAUUUUGCUCAUCGUCGUAAUGUUGGCAUUAUGACAGUCCUAAAUAGCAAAUGAAAACAACAAGCAAUGGUAGAGGUGUGAGGUUAUGCAAUGUGAUUAUAUACUUCGCGUGACGGUAGUGUUGAUGGAUAGUUUUGACAGAAUUGUCAGAUCCCAAAGUUUAUAGGGAUUUGUUGUCUACGUUAGCAGAGUGGCAUACUGUUUUGAAAUGAGCUGACAACAUGGAAAAGGGGACAGUCGCAAAGGUGAUAAAUGACUUUCUCACGACGACUGCAGGAGAACUUUCACUGUGUAAAGGAGACAUUGUGCAGAUUCUGGAGAAAAUAGAUCGUCACUGGUGUAAUGGUAUUGUUAAUGGUACAUGUGGAAAAGUACCAUUGAACUACUUGAUAGAAGUGGACCCACCUGAUCUGCAAAAUGAUUAUGAACUCUUUGCCACAAUUGCUGAUUUUCCUGGACAACAACCUGGUGAUCUUUCAUUCAGGAAAGGUGAGCUGAUUAUUGGCAUAAAAAAGAUUGAUGAUAAUUGGUGGGAGGGAAGUAUUGGAAGUAGGAAGGGUAUGUUCCCUACAACAUACACAUGGAAGCUGGACUCAUCGUACAUAAAGGUGAAAUGUAAACCUAAAGUUUUAAAUAUGACAGCAAAAGUGAAGAUGAGUAUGAAAGCUCAGCUAGAGGAGGAGAUAGAUUUGUACGAAGGAGAAAUAUUGACUGUUACUGAAGUUAUUGAUAAGGAUUGGUAUAGGGGUUGCUGCGGGGACAGAAUUGGAAUUUUUCCCGCAGCUUACGUCACUUUACUAAAAGAUGCCACUGAUGUGAUGGAUGGUGAACAUACAAAUAUUCAGAACCAAUCCCUUAUUGUUAAUAGUGCCACAUUUAAUUGCACGGAUAUUAGAAAACCAGCUGUUAACACUCUUGGAGCGCAAUCGUCAAAUGAAGGAUCACAGAAUGAAUAUGUAACUAGCACAGAACGUGUCAAAGCAGACCUAGACAACUUGGAUGUGAUGAACAUUUUAGAUGACGAUUAUUUUAGGAAAAAUAUGCCAUCUGUAUUUACCAGCAACAGUGCUCCAGUUACUCAUACGUAUAGUUCAGAAGUGUCAUCGACUCGUGAUGUUCAACACAUGGAAGUUGAUAUUUGUCCUUAUGGUGUAACACUGUACCCCUUUUAUGCCCAAUUUGACAAUGAACUAAGUUUUCAUGAAGGUGAAAUAGUGAGUCUUGUCAGACAUGUGAGCAAAGAUUGGAUAGAAGGAAAAAUUGAUGGUAGAAAGGGGAUAUUUCCAUCCAGUUAUGUGAAUAUCAUUGUAGAUUGUCAGCCCCAGUCUGAAUUUUCAGUGAGUAAUGACAGAACUGUACUUCAUGAAGUUGAAAAUGUGGAAAUGAGGAAGAAACAUGACAUACUUCCACCAAAUUCAUUUGCUGUGGUAUUGUUUAAUUUUGAUGCACAGAUGGAUAGUGAUCUGACUGUAAAGCAAGGUGAAGUUGUUUGUGUUCUUCAGCAACCUAAUCAAGACUGGUGUGAAGUAAAAAAUUGUUAUGGAAGUUCAGGCCUUUGCCCACGUACUUAUUUAGCAUCAUACACAGUGCCAAAUAAAUUCACAGAAGGCAGUAAUCGUAGACUGUCAGUUGCAGGUGACGCUGGCUUCAGAAAAAACUUAACUGAUGUGCCAUUUCCUGACAAAACAGACUUAAAUAAGAGAAGAACUCUUGAAAGUUUUGGUUAUCAUGAUAAGUGGAAGAAUAACAGCAUUGAUGAUCUAAUUUCCAAAAAUCUGGAAACUCUUCAAAAUUCAUACACAUGGAGUUCAAAAAUGAAUUAUAGUAAUAGAAGUGUUGCAGAUUCUGAGUGCCCGAUAACUGAGAAUAUUGCAGUAGCUCAGGAUGAGGCCAUAAGGCACAGUCCAGUGUAUUUAGCUGAAGAACCAUCAGAAACGCAAACUACCAUGCUCCAAGAACAAAGUGAUUCUCGAUUUGAUGCGAGAAGAAGAGAAGUUACUUGGAACACGUACAAUGAUGUUUUCAAAGGAGGACAUUUCAGUACAAAAUGUGUGAACAAUCAGUGCCGUGUAUCACCUGUUCUGAAGAGGCAAGCUUCUGACAGAGUGCCCCACAGGCCAGCUCCACCAGUGCCAUUGCCUGGCCACAAACCUGUCCAUCGUUCAAUAAGAAAACCAAACAAGAAAAGUGUCCAUCUUGGUAAACUGGGAUCUCUCAUCAGUGCAAAAGAAAAACAAUUACAUGAAAUAAAGAAAGAAAAAAAGGAAAUUGAAAACAAGCUCAGCAACAAUCCACACGAGAAUGAAGACAGUGUGCAAGAAAUGAAAUACAGGAUAAGAGAGUGUGAAGAAAAGAUUCUCUUCAUUGAAGCUGAUUUAAAUCGUAUACAAGGAAAUGUGUCACAAAAUAGUGUGGAUGAUUUGAGCAAACAAGACUGUGUGCUGCAGCAGAAACCACCUAGUGAUGUAAACUCCAGUGGCCAGGAAAUUAAUACUAACCUUGAAGUUAUGCAGACUACUUCUGUUACAGAAGAGGACCUAAGGAAGAAGAAACAGGAACAGAGACAAAAUGUAAUAUCAGAACUUGUCUUCACAGAGAAAGAAUUUGUCCGUGACCUGAAAAUUACCUAUGAAACUUUCAAUCUGCACAACCCUGAAUUUCUUGAGAACAGGGGCAUUAAUGUUGAAAUUGUUUUUGGGAACAUACUGGAUGUAAUGCAUCUGGCUGAAGACUUGCUGGACAAACUUCAGCUGGCAAUGAAGGGUAAAAAUGAUGAUGAGCAGUGUGUUGGCCCAUGCUUUUUAGAGCUCGCUGAAAGAAUGAAGACAGUUUAUGGUCAGUACUGCAUGAACCAUGAUGAAGCCCUUCUGUUACUAGAAAAGUAUGAAUCAGAUGAAGGUAUACAGAAGAUCUUUAACAAAGGCUUGGAGACACUACGAUACCAAAUUGCAUGUUUUGAUAUGGGAUCAAUUCUGAUCAAGCCUGUUCAGAGGAUAUUGAAGUAUCCUCUUAUUCUCAAUGAACUUAUAAAGUGCACAGAGGAUGAUCACAAGGACAAACCUGCUCUCCUGGAUGCUGUAAGAACAAUAACAGAUGUGGCAACAUACAUCAAUGAAUACAAGAGGAGGAAAGAUAUAGUGCUGAAAUAUCUGGAAGAUGGCAAUUCUACCAUAUCACAAAAGAUGGCCAGAUUAUCUUUACAUUCAGUAGCAAAGAAGUCUUCACGAUUGGGAGCAAUGUUUACAUCAAGCUUAGGACUCAGCUCUGCGACAAAAGAUCCUAUUUUUCAAGAAUAUGAAACACAAUUCCAUCUACUGGAAAAAACUAUUAGACUGUUUAUGAAAAAUGUAGAGAUUUUUAUGAAUCAUAUUCAUGAAAUGGUAACAGCACAUAGCAAUUUGGGUGAAUCAGUGAGUUACUUCUAUCAAGAAAGACAUUCAGAAGUUGAAGACUUCAGCCGAAUUCAAAGGCUUAUAAGUCGGCAGUUCUGGAAGGAGUUUGAAAGUAUGAUACAAAGGCAAACAUUUAUGCCCCUCAGUUCACUAUUGGAAUUAUUUGAAGGACCAUCAAUAUUGAUACAGAAGUGCAAUGAUAAGUUUCUUGACUAUGCAGCAUGUUCUGCAAAGGCUGAAAAAUAUAAAGACUCACGAUUGGUGCAAGAAGAACUUUUGGCAGCAAAAAACAAUUAUGAAGCAUUAAACUCACAUCUACUUGAUGAACUCCCAACCUUAAUUAGGACUGCUUUAGAUCUCUUUCUGGAAUGCUUAACAGCAUUUGUAACAGCAAGAAAGUUGUUUUCAGGAAAGAUUACAAAACAGUACCUUUCUUUGAUGGACCUUCCUCUAAUGCAGUCUGCUCAAGCUGAUGCUUUGGAAAACUUUGCUGUUAAACAUAGCCUUGUCCUAAAUCAACUGGCACGUUUAACAUGUCUCAUGAAGAAUACAAGACUGGAUGUAACUGUGAAAAAGCCUGCAAAAUCAUCUCCUACACCAUCACCAAGAGUGUCUCAUGUGGAAGCAUCUGAUCAGGUUGCAUUGACUCAGAGUGACAGUCAGAAGACAUAUCUGAAAAAUCGUUAUGGAGUUGAUACACUAUUUUAUACAACCAAAUCAUACACAAGUAAACAGCCGUUAGAAUUGUCAGUUUCCACUGGGCAUUUAGUGGCAGUUAUAAAGAAACAAAAUCCCAUGGGAGAUAGUUCAGUGUGGUUUGUAGAUGAUGGAGCCAAUCAAGGUUUUCUUCCAAGUAGCAUCUUAAUUCCAAACAGAGGUGAAUCACCAGUUAUGGACACAGAACAAGGUACAAAAUCAAAACGAAGUCAGCAACAAGACAUCACUGAUUCAACUAAACAGUUUCCGUCUCCACCAUCAUAUGAUGAUGCCCUGGCUACAUCUGUACUGAUCCCUAAGCAGUCUGAUAUUACAAACAGUCAGACUCCUGUCCUAGAAGCUGAAGAUCUCAAAGAAGACAACUAUGAAGAAAUUUCUGAUCCAAGUCAGGAGCAUUUGUAUUCAGAGCUUGUAUUUGAGCCAGACCAGCGAACAAGAGAGUUCUACUAUGCUGUCUACAGCUUUGAAGGCCAGGGACCUACUACAUUGGCUAUAAAGGCUGGGCAAGUUGUUAAUGUUCUCCAACAUGAAGAUGCACAAGGAAAUUCCGAAUGGUGGCUAGUAGUUGACAGGUUUGGGAACAAAGGAUAUGUACCAGCAAAUUACCUUGCUAAGUAUAAUGAUUACAGUAAUUAAUGUAUUGUAUGAUGACAGCAGUCAGUUUCUUUCUGUAUACUGUAUUCAUUUUGUUAAUUAUGUGCAGACUGUAGUCUGUGUGAAAAACUGCAAAUGUUUUUGUAAGUGCCAAAGCCAAACAGACUAUGUGCAGCUAAGACCCACAUAUCAUUUCAUUAUUGUAUGCAUUUAACUGACCAGAAUAUUCAGUUAUUAAUAAUUUUAACUCCUCAUUUUGUGUGCUUUUGUGGUUUCAGCUAUAUCACAAUGCUCUGUGCUUGUAAUAAUGUUGUAUUUUAAAGUGCUGAAUGCAUGUAAUGUUUUUUGGAGGAAAACCUAAUUAUUUUACUUUAUUUGAAUAGCAUCUGUUUGGGCAUAUGCUAUAAACUCUAAGUUGUUUUCUCCCAUGCAAAUGAAACCAUAUCUGUGAUAUUCUGCCUGCUAUGUAGUUUUGUGCUAACUAAGAAUGAAAAGAAAAUGUUUCCAUUCAAGAGUCGCAAGAUUUUCUGUGCUGUAAGUCUGCCAACAAAGCUGUUAAUCAUUCAUCUGUAUAAAGUGCAUAGAAUGCAUGCCAUUACAUCGAUGUUUUUGCCAGACUUUACAAGUGCAAGAUAUGAAAUAUUUGUUCCUGUACUGAUGGCAGCUUAAUAUUUUUGUAAGUGGUGAGAAUACUGGUGUGUGCAAGGUCUGAAAAAGAAGUGGAAAAAAUGCCCACUCACCAAUAAUACUCAGUAAGGGGAAAAAAACUGUUUUUGGGCCUCAGAUCCUUGUGUAAUCUGCUGAUAGACACUCUAGGGAUAGAGGUACUCAGGGUACCCUCCGCCACACACCGUCAGGUGGCUUGCGGAGUACGGAUGUAGAUGUAGAUGUAGAUGAACAAAUUGGUGCAGAAAAGGAACAGACUAUCAAGAUUACAAACUUCCCAAGAGAGAAAUAUUGUGUGUUGUGGGACUUAAACCCAGACCAUUGCUUUUCAAGGGUGAUGCUCUUACACACAGCCAGCCAUCCAUCCAUCCAAGAAUGAAUCAUUUCUGAUCUUCACAGCUUCAAUUAUGUAACACAAGAGAGUAGCAUUCCCUGCUGCCCAAGUAGAGAACUUGAGAAGUGGAGCUGCUGCUGCUGCUGCUGAUGAUGAUGAUGACGAUGAUCAUAUGUUCAUUUUUGAUCAGUUCAUGACAAAAUUUCAAAUGCCAAUCUGAUACCUGCACAGGAAUGUUUACUGACAAAUUGGAACACUUGACCAGCUGGUCCCAACAUGUGAGUCAGCAAUAACUCUAAGGUAGUGAAUUUGAGCAACUUAAAAGGGCAAAAGAUAAAUGAUUUCUGAAGUUAUAUGCCAUCCAGGCCUUUGUAUUUUUCAAGAUGGUUGGGGGUGGCACUGCAUUACAAAAUGACCAAAGUUUUAGUCUGACCUGCUGUGUUUUGGAAAGUGGUUAUAUCCAAUAAAUGACAGUUCUUGUACUUUUGAAAUGAGAACAGAAAAUACAAAGUACCUUGCUAACAGUCAAAUAAGUUGAUUCAAUAACAUAUUUGGACAUGUAACAAAUAUUAACUUUCAAAACAUAUAAUAAAGGCCUUUGUUGUUGUAUUUCAGUGGAUUAGGCCCAUAUUUUGUUUUAUUUCACAACACUGAGGAAACGAAUUUGCACCUCUCAGAAAUUUUAUAUUAAAAUUUCUGGUGCAAGGCAGCUGGGUUUGUUAUACCAUCAUCUCCAGUCUAUUAUAGGCUGCAUUUGCAGCACAUGCAGUGCUUUUAAAAAUUGCAUUAUGAUUUUGCUACCUAGACAUUUAUAGGUCACUUGAGAAUCCUUGUGAUGCAUAGUAGCUACCAUGGGUUGAAGAUCUGAUUAAUUAAUUAAAGAAUUAAAUGCUGUUAGUAUUCAUUCCCUCCUCUUCCCUAAACAAAAAUUAUGGAUGCCAAGUCAAUUAAAUAUUUCUUCUUUCUUGCAAACACAAAAAAAUACUGGCUUGGAGCAAUAUUUAUUAACAUCAGUAUUUUAUGUAGAAAUUGUAUAUUGUUUGUUCUGACAAAUUAACUUAUUCUAGCAGUAAUUCAGUUCCUUAUGUAAUCUUCAUUAGAAUGAUUUGCAUUUUAAAUGUGAUCUUACUUUCGUUAUUUUAAACAUACUGUACAGAAAUUAUAUUGUGAAUUAUAUUUGUUGUGGAGUAAUAUGUUGUAUAUAUUUUGUUGUAUGUGAACAAAUUUACCCACAUUUUAAUAAAAAUGUUCUGAACAUUACUGUAGUCUUGCUUGAAUUGUAUGUGCCUUGGGGGGGGGGGGGGGGGGGGAGGAUUGGAUUGAAUACAUUAUGUGGUAAAACAUAUUGGCAAGGUCAUUAUACAUAGAGAAAUAGUUCAACUGAAGGAGAAUGGCAUCUAAGAGUAUGUAGCCUGCUGAAGACCAGUGAAAUCCAUUUUAUAUGUAGAACGAUAUGCAAUAAAUAAAACAUAUUGAACAGA